CUGUCUGGCACACAAUUUCGUGGAGGUCCUGACAGCAGUGCAAAGUCACUUCCGGUCUGGUUGCGUCUUCUUAUUACACGAAGAAAACAGUUUCCUGAGAACUGCUGCAAUUGUUAAUGAUCUGAAGUCCUUAAGAAGAAAACAUAUACAGGCAACAGCUUUGUUCAAGGCAACUAACACCCUCGAAUGUCAGCACAAUCGACCACUUUACGUCAUUCGAUCCACAAGUGCAAAAUAUAAAACUUCAAUCAAAUCGUUCCUGGUGGCCCAGGAGGCGGAUGACCACGUCGUCGUCCUGACAGAAGUGUAUCGUGUUAGCCCCUCACUUCCCCUGCAGACAUAUCGCUUUGGUGAAUGGACUUACCGUGAGAGACCUAACUGGCCCACUCUCAGUUUUUAUCAGAGGAGAAAUAAUCUUCAAGGACUUCUAUUCAGGACUGUGUUUAGUGAGAAAUUAUUGAAAGAUAAUUUUAAUAGUGGCGGAAGGGACUAUUUCUUUUACCGAGUUUGGGUUAUUCUCUCCAAUGUUAUGAACUUCACAAUCGAAUAUUUGCCCUCUGAAAUAAACGGAAACGGUGUGUUGCUUGACAACGGUUCUUGGAACGGCGUUGUGGGCAUUUUGCAGAGACGGGAGGCAGACGCCUCGAUAGAGAGUCUGACGAUGACAUCAUUACGGUGGAAUGUGGUUGAUUUAUUAUCGCCACUAUGGGUUGACAGGAAAUACAUGUUCAUCAAAGCGGCAACCGAAUUCGAGCUAUCAUGGUUGAGCAUUUUUUAUCCUUUCAAUUGUCCUCUUUGGUUUGCCUUAAUUGCAUCGAUUCUCCUGCUUUCUACCUGCCUCGGUAUUAUAUGUCAAAUCUGUCAUAGAAACACAGAGUUUAGAAGAAACGGACUUUUACAGAAUAUUUGCAAUUCAUUGUUUUUCAUCUUCAGCGUCUUCUGUGGUCAAGGCGAGAAACUGGGCCUCACAACCACGUCCAUCAUGGUGGUGUGCGUCUCGACGGACUUGCUAGUGGUGGUUCUUCUAGCGUCCUAUUCAGCAUCUCUGAUGUCCUACUUGAUAGUGAGACGCCCAAGGCUACCAUUCCGUACUUUCAGCGAGUUCUUGGCGGACGGUACGUUUACCCUUGGGGUUCAUCGCUUCUCAUCUCUGCUGUCAUUUUUUGAGACGACAGAAGACCCUGUCAUAAAUCAGCUGUAUCUAAGUCACAUCGCUCCGCACAAAGAUACACUACCAAUGUCUCAUUUGGAAGGAUAUACAAGAGUGUGUUCCAGUCAUAAGUAUGUAUACAUUCACUUUUUGGAAUUCCUGGAGGACAAACGGAAUAAGUUGAAAUGUGAGCUGACCAUCGUUCCUGGGGCGUUCUUAACGGUGACAAAAAGCAUAGCACUGAUUCGAAACAGUUCUUAUCGAGGCCUCUUCAGAUACAGUCUGACUAAAUUAAGACGUAACGGAAUCUUGCAACAACUUCUAUACGUCACAAAACACGGAAAUGAAGUGCAAGAAACUCCUUUAAUAUCCAUGGAUAUGACGUCAUUAGCACCAAUAUUUACAGUAUUAGCAUUUGGAUUGGUAGCUACCAUAUUGAGCAUCUCACUGGAGUUCGCGAUACACAAGUGUAAGAAGCAGAAACAAACAAGUUACAGAAUGGGUAAUGACUGGGUACUUUAAAGUAUUAAGCUAUUUUAUGAGUAUGUUCAGUGUUUAGAGCUCAAUUACGCCUACGUGCCAGAAGAGGGCUUUUUUCCAUAAAAUAAUAAUAAUAACAAUUUAAAAAAAUCAGUAAUAAUCAGUAGUUUUUUUCAACAUAUUACAUGGCCGCAAUAUUGUUUUAGAUCGUGCAAGAAAUAAUUUCCUUUACAAUGUUACAACAGUUUCUAAUAUGAACUAUAAUUUAGACCUGCAAUACAGAACAAAAGAUUCACAUGCUAAUAUCAUUCCCAUGUCAGCUGUUUCACGGCGUCUAAGUUUAUAUAAUUUGAUGGUAGGAAAUUGUAAGUUGAAAAGUGACGUUCAAUCUAGUGGCAAGUUUGAUGAAUAUCCGUCAAAUGUUUAAAAAAUUGUUUCUGGAGAAAGUUUAUGGUUACACGGUUUGAUACUGUAAAGCUUUUUUCGUUACAAAGUUGGGCCUAAGAAAAGAUGAGGUACUCCAGGCUAAGGAGUAAAGCACACUAAAUAGGAAAAUAAGGUCCGUCAUGGCGCUGAAGCACUGAGUAAGUUUUCCUUUGAGGUAAUCUGUUUCCUGUUAAUCAUCGUACUCAAUCUGUUACCACCCCAUGAUAAGCGCCUUGCCCCUGACAAAGAAUCAUAUUGUCAUACCCUCGGUCUACACUUACGAUGUUCGCAUCUUCCCCGUCCUAGCGUUGCUCGAUCGCAGAGACGUAUUUGUGCCAAUUUGUUUUGAUUUAGAGAUCCCUAUGCUAUCAUGUUUUUGUACAGAAUGUUCAGAAAAAAAUACAACCCUUGGGCAAUCACGUCAUUCUAAAUUAUCACCUCCCUUUCUGUUUCAGUGAACCCAGUUAAACGACUGGGUUCCACUUUUUAAGAAAUGUUAUUUGUCAUUUAAAGAUGCAUUACGAAGCCACGCAGAAGGAAUUUGAACAGCUAAAUUUUUCAACGCGAUUACUACUUUUUUACGUACGACAACGAUAUUCUUGACCUGAGGAAGAAAAAUAUUGAACCGUCCAGACUUAAGUAAAUACAAUCAAUUAAUGAGAUUAAAUGAAGAGCAUAGCGGUUGGAACGCUGGCCUUGUAAUCCUGGGGUCUCGGGUUCGAUUCUCGGCGGU